AUGCAUACUGCUCGGCACGCUGUGAUGGCGCUGGUGCUGGUGCUGGUGCUGGUGCCAGGGACGGCGAAGAAGAGGAGGAAGGAUGGUGACGGAGGAUCGCUUCCUGAUGCCGAUGCGCUCGCUCGAGCUGCAGUCCCUGCAUCGUUUGGAUUUGAGAUAGCAAAUGUGAGCAGAGUUGCGACGAAGCUGCGAUACUGGAACGAGUAUGAAAGAACUUCGAAAGAGAUAGUGAAAACCAUCAUGAGGGAGGCAGAGAAGGGCACAAGAAUCCUCAAGUUCGAGGUGAUCAACCCAGAUAGAAUAUUCAAUCAGGAUGGAGGGAUGGGGCCCUAUAACGAGGUUCUGGAUUUCAUGCUCAAAGGCAAGAUGAAUCUCAAGGAUGAGAGUGGGCGAGAAGAAGCCAUCGUGAACCCCAUGUUCGCCUGCAUUCCUAUGCGCGAGAGGUACAAACCUGGGGCUUCUGGUGAUUCUGCGGCUGAAUCUUUGAGUCCCUCUAGAUUCUGCAUUGAGAAAAUCUCUAGGGCUUCUCGGCUUGGAAGCUGGAUCUCUGUGGUUGGUCGCAACUUUGAGUUGAAACUGUUGAUGAUCUCGAGCGACAGGAGAAUUGUCAUCGAUGGCAGACAGUGUCUAUGCUGCUGCCUGAAGGUCUGUGAGGAUUGCUUCUAUCAGAGACUGCAGACAACUGUGAAAGCCGUUCGAGAAGGGGAGGUCGAGUGCGUGGAGCUAUCCGACCAGCAGUCAGAAAAUCUUCUGCCUCAGGUCCCGGGCAACUGGACCAUCGAUGUGAGCACGCGCACGACAAUCGGGUCAAUGAGGAUGGAGGAGAAGAAGUUUUUGCCCAUAGGUAGCCGAUGGAGCCAGCUGCCGGCGAUCCAUUCCGUUAUUCUCUCCGAGCUCAUGGAAGGGAAUCUUCACGUCCGCCCUCUCGGAUCCGACGGCAAUCCUUUGGAGCCCCUUACCCCGGGAGACCUUCGGGAUAAGUAUUUCGGGAAGACUUUCAACUUUGCAGUAUACCUGUGGUGA